UCCGGAACCAGAUUGACCAUCAUAGCUAGCAAAGCAGGCGAUGGAGGUGCCACUUGUUAAUUUUGAAAACAUGGAUGAUGUUGGCAUCAACCUAGGCGACCCAAGCGACUCGGGUUACCCUACCUCACCGACCUCCGAAGCUCCUGAUCAGAACCUGCUGGCCCACCGGCUGGCUUCUCCUCGCCAGUCGCCACGCAGGGGACGGCGACAGCGUCAGUCCGGUCCAGACGGGUUGUCCCCCUCUACUCCUCCGACUCUUACCUCAAAGGCGAACUCCAGCAGUGGCAGCCUGAUCUCCAGUCUGAAGCUUUUGUCCAACAGUGAGUCUCCCACUGACAGCGUCUUCAGUAAGAUGCUCAAGGACUAUUAUGAAAACGAGGAUCUGUUCGAAAAGCACUGCUUGGAAGAAAAAGAUGAGAAGGUUGUCAUCAACAUUUCAGGCCUAAUGUUUGAAACCCAACUCAGCACCCUGAGUAAGUUUCCAGAGACACUGCUGGGUGACCCCAUGAAGAGGAUACAGUACUUUGACCCAAUGAAAAAUGAGUAUUUUUUUGAUAGAAAUCGUCCUUCAUUUGACGGGAUACUCUACUACUACCAGUCAGGAGGGAGAAUCCGAAGACCAGCCAAUGUUCCCUUAGACGUUUUUGCGAAUGAAAUUGUUUUCUAUGAGUUGGGUCACGAGGCGAUGGAGCAGUUUCGUGAAGACGAAGGGUUUAUCAAAGAACCUGAAGUCCUCUUACCCACCAAUGAACUGAAGCGGCAGUUCUGGCUCCUGUUCGAAUACCCAGAGAGCUCCAGUGCAGCCAAAUCUGUAGCUCUGGUCUCUGUCUUUGUCAUUGUCAUCUCUAUCUUUAUUUUCUGUCUGGAGACUCUUCCAGAGUUCAGGGAGGACAAUGACUUUCCUUCAGGUUUCAUUCAAAAGACCAAUGGCAGCCAAGACGGUUCUGGCUCUUACCCUGCCCCUAAAACUGCGUGGACAUAUCUCACAGACCCGUUUUUCAUUGUGGAGACUAUUUGCAUCAUAUGGUUCUGUUUUGAGCUCGGUGUCCGUUUUGUGGUGUGCCCCAGUAAAAGCGAUUUCUUUAAUAAUAUCAUGAAUAUUAUUGACAUUGUGUCUAUAAUUCCUUACUUUGUCACCCUGGGAACUGAGCUGGCCACAACGCCUGAUGAAGAUCUGAACGCGGGUCAAACCAUGUCCUUAGCAAUUCUUAGAAUAAUUCGACUUGUGAGAGUCUUCAGAAUUUUUAAGCUCUCCCGACACUCAAAGGGUCUUCAGAUUUUGGGUCAGACCCUAAAAGCCAGCAUGCGGGAAUUGGGUCUGCUAAUCUUCUUCCUAUUCAUAGGAGUCAUCCUUUUCUCCAGUGCCAUCUACUUUGCAGAAGUGGAUGAGCCUCAGACGCAUUUUGUUAGCAUCCCUGAUGGCUUCUGGUGGGCUGUGGUGACCAUGACCACGGUGGGAUACGGAGACAUGUGCCCCAUCACCAUGGGAGGCAAAAUGGUCGGCACCCUCUGUGCCAUCGCUGGUGUCCUAACCAUCGCCUUGCCAGUCCCUGUCAUCGUCUCCAACUUUAAUUAUUUCUACCACCGGGAGACCGAGCAGGAAGAGAAACAAGUGAUGGAUGCAGCCGCAGAAGCUGCCCAGAAAAUGUCUGCUGCUAACAAGUGUGGAAGCACCCUUUCACUCAACAAGAGUAACGGCACCUGGCAAAACGAGAAAAAUGGCGUGCACUGAGAAAGAUAAGUAAUUUUUGUCAAAGGGGGCAGAAAUAACAGACAUGAAAAGAAAUCAAACAUAUCUGUCAGUGAGGCACACUCUGUUUAUCCACACAUCUUUUUGUACUUGAAACAUUUGUGCAGAUGAUUACAGUAUUAUUAGGCACCAUGCGGUGAGGCAGCCGGUACACAAGCUGUCUGUCUGCAUGUAGACGUGUCAAAGUGCAAUUAACAUAACUCAGCAACUACUGCUCCAGUAACUCUGAGAAUACACAGUGCAGUAAGGAAAAAGAUGGGAUUCCGACAGCAGACCAACAUUUCACCUAAAAAAAAAAAAGUAUGGAUUGAUUAAAUGUUAGUUCAGUAGGUUCGUCCAGCAGAUGAAAACAAAUCCGGCAAGCCGAGCGCACAUAGUUCCUUCACCAUAUUCAGCAAAACCAAGGUAGGCCUUGGCAACAUGUUCAAGGGCAGGCGAGUGUGUGCAGUGUAAAAUAGGACAUUGGUGUACACAUUGUCUUCUCAGCAAAUCUAUAGGUGCAAAUGUACAGCCAGCAGCAACUCUCCAUGUAACCAUAUCUGUGUGAUAAAUAGCUGGCAGAGUAGCAUGUCUACUAUUAAUCUUGUACAUAGCCUGCAAAGUUAAAAAUAAAGCUGCUGAAUCAUCUCUAUACAUGCAAACGUUUCCAUGCAGCGGUUUUAGCGAUUAAAAAUGCAGGUUACUAUUCUUAUCCGUGGGUUUUGUUAUAAUGAUUUGGCACUAAGUUCCAAUGAACAUGUUUUGUUUUUUUUAGGUUGUAACUGCAACCUCUCGACAUGUGUUAUUCUAAUAUGAAUUCACCUUUUAAAAUCGCAUCACUUCAUUGCACUGAAAGCUUUUUUUUCUACUUAAGCACUUUAGGAGCUUUACAUCCUCCAUUGUUGGCAGGGAAAAUGUGUUUGUGUACAGAAAUGUGAGAUCAGAUAUAUAUAUUUGUGAUCAGUCUAAUGGAUUAGGGACAAGACAAAAGAAAUUCACUUUUUUAUUUAAACAGUUUUUUUUUUCAUUUGCCUUUAAUCUGUCAUUCCUAAUUGCAUGGCAUAGCGGCUGAAAUAAGGUUUAAUUCCUAUUAUCACAUGUGAACAUUUGAUUCACAUAGAUUUAUAUUGAGACUCUAUUUCUUAUGGUAUUUUAAACUCAUAAUAAGGAAUUAUACAUUUGACAUGAAACUGUAAGACAUACAGAAAUUAUGAGCUAACGGUUGUGAAACGAUAAUAAACGACAGCUUGUAAUAAGCAUAAGAAAAAAAUAAAACAAUAAUUGGAACUAUUUAUGCAUGAAACAUUUCCAUCGCUGAAAACAUACUGUAUGUGAGUGUCUUGUUAAUAUAAUUAUGGCAUGUGCUGAAAUGUCAGUGAAUGUAAUUGUAACUCAGGCAAUGCCUUUGAAAUAAUCCUAAAAAAAAAAUGCAACAUGGUGACGUGUGGCUCUAAAAGACAACGGUUGUGUUUCUCACCCACUCAAAAAGCUGUACCUGUUAGGAAAAUGUAAUGCAAUAAGGUGACGUGAGUUGGUCACUUCAGUAAUCAGCACUUUAUUAUGUUACAAAGCACUGAAUAUUUGAAGACUGUUACUGUCUGUGUCAACCUUGUACAGUACACAGUGUCAUAACUUGCAAGUUUUUAUUUAUCCAGCAAAGAGUGCCUUUUAUUAAACAUGUACCCAAACAUCAUGUCGCUCCGGUGGAUUUUUUUUUUUUGUUCAUCCUUUCAUCUAGAAUUUCCUUUUGUUUGCUUAUAAAAGUGAUGAGGAACAGUGUUUCGGUUUUUGGCUUCCAGGCUGCGUACUCAUUAACACCUCGUCUUGGCUUGUUGUUAACACCUCACUGGUUUUUCACAUUGCUGAUAUCAUGAUGAAAAUAAUCGUGCGAUGCCUGUCAUAUGACAAGACUGGAUGAAAGCAUGGUAAUGUUGUGAGGUGGAUAGCAUGCUG